AUAGGAGAGGCAGGCAAGCAAGAAAUUUUACAACAAAUGUUCCGAAAAUUCUAAUUCUCAAAUCGUAUUCCAAACACAUAUUUUCCAAAAAUUGACGUUGGGUGCCCAUGAUCUCUAUUACCUGACACAUUAAGGUCUGUUUUCAUUUUUUUUUCUUUUUUUCUUUUUUCUUUCUUUUCAUUCUCUUAUCUUUGUAGCGUAUAAGGUUUGUAUGUUCCCACUCGUAUGUUUCAUCGUUAUUCGGGCGACUUUACUCUAGAAACUCGGUUUUAUUUAAACUUACAAUCCUUAUUUUCUUCGACUUUUGUAGAAAAGUGGUCAAGCCUUUCUUCUGGAGUACAAAUACCGUGACAUAUUUGUACUCGUUUUGAGCGUUAUUCGUACUCUAUUGAGUCAAGUUGCGUAAAUAUAAGUUGAAAUCUAUAUCGGUCAUCCCACUUUGCAGUCCGCUACCGACCAUCCCAGCGCGACCCAGGCGUGGCGUGAGCGACAAAUAUGUAAACUUUGGCUUCACCGCAGGCUUUCGGCCUCGCUUUGUGAGGAACAAUGCCAGAAGCAUUUGUUAGUCUGCGAAGGUGGCGGGAUUAGCGGGCGAGUGCUGCAUUGCUUUGGGGAGGUCUGAGAGGGUUUAGUAUUUCGUGUUAUUAGCCCACAAUUUUUAGACUAUGCUGUUAAAUUCGCCAAGUUUUUAAUGUUUACUGUUUUCGGAGAAAAUACUGUCGGAAGGUUCUAAGGACGUCUUCGAAGUCUUCGGACAUCUUCGGUUGUCACGUCUUCAGAAAUCUUCGGCAGUCUUUGAGAAACUUCGGUAGUCUUCGGGAAACUUCUGAAAUAAUCGGAAAUUGUCGAAAAAUGGCCGAAAACUCCUUGAUAUGCAUGUACCGAACAGAAUAAUAUCGGCCUUUUUGGAGCCGUUUUUGUUUCUUUCUGGAAAAAAUUACUGUUAUAGUGAAUUUUUUACUGUUAGUGUUAAAAUGCCUAAACUUUAACUGUUUAAUGUUACAGAGCGAAAAAAUUAAGUGUUUAGUAUUAUCGAGGUACCCCCAUUCAGACCCUCCUUUGGCGGGUGGGGUAGCAAGAAAACUGGGGACAAGUCGAAUUAAUAGCUGACGUCAGCUGACGUAGCUGACGGGAUUAGCGGACUAGUGCUGCCAAAAAAGUACCGCGGACAUACCAAUCCCACGGCCAGCUACGCUGGCUAAGCGCUAGCAAUUCUUUGAGUUACACACGGUAUGUAUCGAUAAAAAUGCGCGUGUUUUGUUUUGUGUUUUGGAUUUGUUGUUGUUGUUGUCUUUGCAUGAACGGAAAGCUUUUCAUACAGAUGCAGCAUUAAAGCCAUCCCAGCGUUAUAACCGCGCUCAAGAGAGGAUAAAAAAAAUUCACUAUAACAGUAAUUUUUUCCAGAAAGAAACAAAAACGGCUCCAAAAAGGCUAAUAUGAUUCUGUUCAGUACAUGCAUAUCAAGGAGUUUCCGGCCAUUUUUCGACAAUUCCCGUCUCCUGUUGCAAUUUACUGUAUAGUUAACAUAGAGCAGCUUUUGCUUGAUCUUGUUUAUAUUUGAUUAUACAACUGAAGAUAAAGAAGAACAUUCCGAACUGAUUGUUAAAAACAAACACGUUGGAGAUUGCAGUCUGCCAAAUGAUUGCAGUCUGCCAACUUGAAACUAAUGCUCAAACAGCUGUGAGAAACGUUUUUAAGUUCUUGGAAACUAAAGUCGAAUCCGGAUUAGACUAAUUUUGACUUAUAUAUGCUGGUUAGACUAACCGCUUUUGAGUCUUCAGUCAAGGGCACCCAACGACAAUUUUUGGAAAAUAUCUGUUCGGAAGACGAUUUGAGAUCUAGAAUUUUCGGAACAUUUGUUGUUAAAUUUCUUGCUUGCCCACCUCUCCUAGGAUUUUCGACCCCCCAAAAUGAUAUAAUUGCCCAUUUUUAACGGAUUUUUACCCUAAAAAGGUCAGCUAGAAUUUUGGGGAGCCUUUUUUCUGGCUGAAAUUUCGAAGAGGUAAGUUUUGAUCCCUAUAAUUUUCGGAUCACUAGACUUUCAGCUAGGAAAUCCGAACAGAUGAAAAUUUUUAGGGGAUAAAAAUAUGCAUAUGUCUACCGUUUAAAUACUAAAAUACGUUCAACAUUGCUAUGUUUAAGUGGUUUUGAACCAUAUUCUCGUUGGGUGCCCCUGUUCAGUGCAAUACAUGUUUAUAUACCUAUGUGUAUUUUCAAUUUUAUUCAUCGUACACAGGUAUAAAUCUAUUUCAUCAGUUAUUCCAUGACGAAUGUAGAGCUGCUAUGUAGAAAAGUCAUCAAAAAACCGUUUAUAUUAAAGGAGCUGUGUCACGAAUUUCAGACAAAUUAGGUAAUUACAAAAUGCCCGUUAAAUUAAGAGAAACAUAAAAAUAACCGCUUAAAACAUUAAAGGAAGGUUAAAAUAACACAACAGAAACAACAGAUUUAUUGAAAUUAUUGAAAUUAGUUUUUCAAAUUGAUUAUUAAUUCAGGAGACAUAUUUGUUUGUUUCGGAUCUUUGAUUUUGUCAUUUACAUGUAAUUUCUUUGCUUACUUUAAGUUCCAUAGUGAUUGACGGCGAGUAAUUGGCAAAAUUAAUCAAAAUGAACCGCACUACCGUGACACGGCCCCUUUAAAUUAUUAUUAUUAUAAGUUACUCCCGCGCACAAACACGAAACAAAGCUAUUCAUUGUGUUCGGAUGUUCCGUUAAAAGAAAAUGAAAGAAGCAGGAAAGAAGUUUUUGAGAGCUAAAAAAUUUUCGUCUGGUAGUUUAUUAAAGUUACAGCUUUAUUUUUCUUGUAAUGAAUAACGUUUUUCGCGUUUUUCUAAGCUAAGUUUGUCUGGGUUUCUUUUCAAGGUGGGGAAGCAAAGGCUUUGAAUGGAGCUACAAUCUGGCUAAACAAUCGAGUUCUGGCCCCAAAGUACUAUUGGAAGGCUGUGUGUGACCCAGUCAACGAGCAAUCUAUUUUCUUUUACGCUGAAAACAACAUCGGUAACGUGGAUACAGAGAAAGAUGAACAAAAUGGUUGCGCUAAAAAGGCCCAAACGAAGAAAAAUGGUGUAAUAAUGUGCCUCAGUAUUUCUGCUGCCAAGGAAGAGAAAAUUUUUGGCAAAUUGCCAGAUUUUCACAACAAUUGCAAGCCUAGUGAAAUUGGUAGUACUUUU